UGCAGCUCCGAGUCCAGGCCCCACUGCAUCACCUGCGGCCGGGGGCGGGGUGUGGGAUUCGCUAGGUAUGGGCGUCGGUGCACGAGUGAGGGGCACUUACAGGCAGCAGGCGGUGACCUCGUAUUACAACGACCCGCUGGAGCACGCAUGGCACCUGCAGAUCAUGCGAUUCAUUGUCGAGAGCGGCAUGCCGUUCAACUGUGUGAAGCUUGAGAGCUUCAAACGCAUGUUGACGUUGAUCAUCCCACCUGGGGUUCCAGGAGUCCCCACCCCAAAACCCCCAACGUAUCACAUGAUCCGUACCACACUUUUGGAUGAGCUUGAUGUGGAAGUCCAAAAGUGUGUGAAACCUGUCCUCGCUACUGCAGCUACCUACGGUUGCACGAUAAUGACAGACGGUUGGACGAACAUUCGGGGCCAAACGUUGUGCAACUAUCUCGUCGGCACUACACGGGGCGCCACAUACGUCGCGACAGAUGUUAUGCGAGGAAAGAAGGAUGCCACUGCUCUGGCGCAGGCUUGGCUGCGAAGGUUGAAGUCCCUUGACAUCAAGCUCGCCGACAUCACCGCUUUCGAUGAGAGUGUCAAGCACAUCUUCUGGAUUCCUUGUGUGGCACACGUCAUGGACCUCAUCCUUGAGGACAUCGCCAGCAUUGACUGGGUGGCGACCCGCAUUGCUCAGGCGCGUUUGGUCACAAAGUUUUUCAAGCGUCAUAGCCACGCUCGCAAAGUUUUGCAAGCUUUCACGACGAAGGCUCUGCUGCUUCCCGCCGAGACUCACUUCGGUACGCAUGUGAUUAUGAUGCGACGACUUCUUCUGCUGCAAUCGCAUCUUAUGCAGGUGGUCGUUGAUGAUCGAUGGAAGGACACUGUUUGGUCAACGAAGAAGAUUCAAGACGACGCCGCGGAGGUCACAGCAUGUGUCGGUUGUCCUCAAUGGUGGGAGGAUAUGAGAGCGCUGUGCAAGUUGUUGGAUCCCAUCAUGGACAUGCUGCAGAUGGUGGACAGCGACACGAGGCAGAUUGGCAAGAUUCUGCAUCGGUACGACGAGAUGAUUGCGCGUUGUUUGUCUGCAUGUGCCGCUUUGGAGAAGGAGGAGCAGGACGCGCUGCUUGAAGUGUUUGACAGACGCCGCACCAUGUUCAAGUCGCCUGCUCAUGUUGCUGCCAUGAUGUUGGACCCUGAGUUUCGAGACCGCACGAUGCCAGAUAACGAGGAGAUGGAGCACGGUUUGAAACUCGCUCUGAUUCAGUUUGGGUACCCGAACAUUCGGAUCAGCACACCGAGGUCCUCACUGCCAUUGACAAGUUCCAUUCCAGGGAGCCACCGUUCGACGAUGUGGCCAUGGACCGGGCGGCGAGGAGCUAUACCCAUCCAGCAUGUUUCUGGGAGUCGAAGGAGAAGAGGUUCCCGCACACGRCCUUCUUCGCUGGCAGGAUACUGCGUGUGUGGGCGACUGCGUCGCCUUGCGAGAGAGCUUGGUCCCGUUGGAGUUUCAUGCACUCCAAAUCUCGUAACAGAUUGGAGGUGGCACGGGCCGAGAAGCUCGUGCGAUGCCAUUGGAACCUUCGGCUCCUCGACAGGCAGGCUAUGUCGGACGAUGCUCCCAGUGACAGGCCACAUCCGUAKGGGAGCUGGGUGCACUACUGGCAGCAGGUGGAGGAGGAGGUGCCCACCGACCAGCAGCUUGUGGCAGACCGAGGAGCCCGUGUGACGGUCACGAAGGAGGAGUUGACGCAGGCGAGAGAGAGGAUGCGCGUUGUGUCCCACAUGG